AUGCAUCUUAUCAUGCAAGUCCAUCCCAUAAAAAUUUACAGAUUGCUUCAUCCUAUUGAAAAAAUGGAGAAAUUACCAGCAAACUCAUUUUGUCUCCUCUCAUGUGUACUCGUCUUGUUCUUGAGUUCAGUCUCAGCAGUUACAGAUGAUCCUCAAGAUAAACAGGUGUAUAUUGUCUACAUGGGAUCACUUCCGUCUGGGAAAGAAUACGCACCAAUGUCUCAUCACGUGAGCAUCCUUCAAGAGAUCACCGGGGAAAGUUCGAUCGAAGAUCGUCUGGUAAGAAGUUACAAGAGGAGUUUCAAUGGGUUCGCUGCCGGGCUCUCUCAGCCAGAACGAGAAAGAAUGGCCGAAAUGGAAGGAGUUGUGUCCGUGUUCCGGAGCAAGAAGUUACAAAUCCAAACGACAGCGUCUUGGGAUUUCAUGGGGUUAAAGGAAGGAAAUAAGACAAAGCGAAACCCAGCCGUAGAGAGUGACACUAUCAUUGGUGUCCUUGACAUUGGGAUUUGGCCAGAGUCCGAGAGCUUCUCCGACAAAGGCUUUGGUCCUCCUCCGAAAAAAUGGAAAGGUGUUUGUUCCGGCGGCAAAAACUUCACUUGCAACAACAAGUUGAUCGGAGCAAGAGACUACACAGGUGAAGGCACUAGGGACCUGGACGGCCACGGUUCACACACAUCAUCCAUUGCGGCUGGAAACGCAGUUGCGGGGGCAAGCUUCUUUGGAAUCGGCAAUGGAACCGCUAGGGGCGGUGUUCCAGCUGCUAGGAUCGCUGCUUACAAAGUCUGCAACAGCACAGACUGCACCGAUGAUGCUAUACUGUCUGCAUUCGAUGACGCGAUAGCAGAUGGUGUUGACCUCAUCAGCAUCUCCAUAGGAGGAGAGGAGGCCAUUAGUUACGAAGAGGACACAACCGCCAUCGGGGCUUUCCACGCUAUGGCCAAAGGGAUCCUCACUGUGAACUCAGCUGGUAACAGCGGUCCGAGUCCAACCACAGUCAGUAGCGUUGCGCCUUGGAUAUUAACCGUUGCAGCCAGCACAACAAACCGUGAGUUUCUGACCAAAGUUGUUAUCCAAAACGGCAAGACACUUUCCGGGAGAUCAGUGAAUGCUUUUGAUCUGCAAGGAAAGAACUAUCCCCUUGUCUUCGCAAUACGCCAGGUCAAGGGAAAUAAUAUAUUUGUGAGCAGAUAUUCAUUUGGUUCAGAUGUAGCUGUUGCAACCAUAAUUAAUGACCGCACAAACUUUGCCACCAUUAGCCCUCAUCCCCUCUCUGCUUUAUCACCAGAUGACUUUGACUUUCUUGUCUCUUACGUUAACUCCACAAAGUCCCCACAAGGCACUGUUCUAAAAACUGAGGCAGUCUUUAAUCAGAAAGCUCCUAAAGUUGCUUCCUUCUCUUCUCGCGGUCCAAACACAAUCGCUGUUGACCUUCUAAAGCCGGAUAUAACAGCACCAGGAGUGGAGAUUCUCGCUGCUUUUUCACCUUUGGGUUCACCUUCAGAAGACAAGGAAAGAGACCAAAGACAUGUGAAGUACUCUGUUCUAUCUGGAACUUCAAUGUCCUGUCCACAUGUCACAGGCGUGGCUGCAUACAUCAAGACUUUUCAUCCUGACUGGUCUCCAGCCGUUAUCCAAUCUGCCAUCAUGACAACCGCAUGGUCGAUGAAUGCUUCUGACACUGGAGUUGCAUCAACCGAGUUCGCUUAUGGAGCUGGACAUGUGGAUCCAAUAGCUGCUCUGAUAUUCCUGAUUCAGUCUGAUAAUAUUUAA